GUACUGGAGUUUGUGAAGGUGUGUCUCCUGUUUGUCGAUGUACAGUUCUUCACGAUUUUUUAAAGCGGGCAACUAAAAUAGGCCAAACUGACUGCGCGGAUCUUUUCCUAAAGGAUGAAGAACGAGGGAGAGACGGCUGAACGGCCUGACAACACCGCAUUCACACAGCAACGGCUCCCAGCAUGGCAGCCCAUACUCUCCGCUGGCAUUGUCAUUCCUGGCUUUCUACUCAUUGGCUUGGCCUUCAUAGGCAUCGGAGUUGGCCUCUUUCUGACUUCACAGACCAUACAAGUGCUAGAGAGGGAUUACACAGGCAUUGAGAAAGAUUCACCCUGUUUCAGAUGUACGACCCCAAACACCCAAAACUGCACUUGUGAAAUCACAUUCCCCCUCAGUGAAUUGUUUAAGGGACCCAUCUUCUUUUACUAUGGCCUGUCUAAUUACUACCAGAACUUCAGAAAAUAUGGUGUGUCAAAAGACUACUAUCAGCUCACUGGCGAUACACAAUACUUCAAGAGUCCGCAAGAUUCCUGCUCUCCAUUUGACUAUGACUCCAAUAAGAACGCCAUUGUCCCAUGCGGCGCUAUUGCAAAUAGCAUGUUUAAUGACACAUUUGAGCUCUACCAAAUAAUCAAUGGUACGAAGAAGCAGGUGCCAUUAGAUGGUAAAGGAAUAUCCUGGUGGACUGAUUACAACAUCAAGUACAGGAACCCUUUUUCUGUGAAUGGCUCUUUUGCAAAGGCUUUCGAUGGUACAGUGAAGCCCAAAAACUGGCCCAAGCCAGCAUAUGAGCUGGACCUCACAGACCAGAACAACAAUGGUUUCCUAAACCAGGACUUCCUUGUGUGGAUGAGGAGAUCAGCACUUCCUGAGUUCAGGAAGCUGUACCGGCGAAUCACAGAGGGUGAUUAUAGCGGGGGGCUCCCUGCUGGGAACUACUCUCUGACAGUCCAUUACAACUACCCAGUACUGAGUUUUGAUGGACGUAAGAAGGUGGUCUUCAGCAAUGUGUCUUGGAUGGGAGGGAAGAACGACUUCUUGGGCAUUGCUUAUUUAGUGGUUGGCUCCUUGUGUGUGGUCAUGUCAAUGGUUAUGCUUAUUGUUUAUGCCAAAUUCAAAUUCUCAGAUGAUGAUGCGUAAUGAUGGAUCCAAA